GUGGAGUCGGAGUCGAAAGUAGACAGUAGUAGUAAUACAAAACAUUCAUCCAAACAUAAUCGAUAUGACGACACGCACUUUAUAAAUGAAGGCUAUCGUGUUUUGAACUGCCAGUUGGAAACGGUAACUUCGGUGAGACGUUCGGCUACAGUGCGAGCCAACGUUGUACGUGGAAAGCAUCUCGAAAUCGAAUAAUAUUCUGUAUUUUCGUUAGUGUCCAGUGAGUGUCAGCGAUUACAUAAAAUGCCUUGCCCAUUCCUAGGAUCAAUGAAUCAAGGAUUCGUGCGAAAUUAUGGCAGCGCGUUACUCAAGCAAUAUGGGAACCUUUGCCCGAUUCUCUCGCGAGGUUUCCGUUCGCUCGGGGUCGACGAAACCAAGUGCCCGUUCAUUCAGGAAGCUCCGAAGGAGAUGACCGAGGACAUCAAGGAGCCCGCACCGACCUACCAAUACGAGAAGUUCUUCAGUGAACAGAUAAGUGCCAAGAAGAAGGACUACUCUUACCGUGUGUUCCGGAAGGUGUCCCGGCUGGCAGCGGAGGGCAUGUACCCGCAGGCGCUGGAGGGCGCCGACAACCGGCGCGUGACGGUGUGGUGCGCCAACGACUACCUGGGGGCAUCGCGCCACCCCGCGGUGCAGGACGCCGCCACCUCCGCCAUCAAGUCGUACGGCACGGGCGCGGGCGGCACGCGCAACAUCGCCGGCAACUCGCAGAUGACUGAAAAACUUGAAGCCGAGAUCGCCAAACUGCACAAAAAGCCUGCAGCCUUGAUCUUCAGCUCCUGUUUUGUUGCCAAUGAUGCAACAUUGUCAACUUUAGCCAAAAUACUGCCAGGGUGUGUAGUUUACUCGGACGCGGGCAACCACGCGUCCAUGAUACAGGGAAUCAGGAACAGCCGGGCUCCUAAGCAUAUAUUCAGGCACAAUGACCCCAACCACCUUAGAGAAUUACUGUCCGAGUCACCGGCCGGUGUACCCAAGCUAGUCGUAUUUGAGACUGUCCACUCCAUGAGUGGAGCUAUUUGUCCUUUAGAAGAAAUGUGUGAUAUUGCUCACGAGUAUGGAGCUCUAACUUUUGUAGAUGAAGUGCACGCUGUAGGGUUGUAUGGAAAACAUGGUGCAGGGAUCGGGGAAGAGAGAGGCUUGGAGCACCACAUAGACAUUGUGUCGGGAACUUUGGGUAAAGCAUUUGGAAAUGUAGGUGGGUACAUCGCUGGCUCAGAGCUUCUGAUUGAUACAAUCAGGUCUUUAGCUCCUGGAUUCAUAUUUACCACAGCUCUUCCACCGCCUACUUUAGCGGGCUCCUUGGCAGCUAUACGCCUUCUAGCUAGUGAAGAAGGCAGAAGUAUGAGAGCAAAACACCAAGGAAUCGUACGAUACUUAAAAUUAUCUUUACUUAUAGCAGGUCUUCCCCAAAUGCCAUCUGUGAGUCACAUAGUCCCUGUUCCAAUUACGGGAGCAGACAAGGUGGCGAAGGUUGCUGAGUCUCUUAUGAAAAGAGGACAUUACGCACAAGCUAUAAACUACCCAACGGUAGCUAGAGGGGAGGAACGCUUGCGGUUUGCACCGGGGCCGCACCACACUCCGGAAAUGAUUGACAGCCUCAUCACUGCCUUGAUUGAAUCAUUCCAUGAAAAUAACAUAAGUUUCGACCAAUUUAUGGUCAACGGCACUUGUCGUGAGUGCAGUAUGGAGUAUAAAGUCGAUGUCGCGUAUGAAGAACCAUACAAAUACACCAUGAUUGCUGCAUAAUUGCAUAUCAUAUAGACGGAUGCUUCUCUACAGCCAGAUUUACAUUGGAUCAGAUAGUAGCAUGAAAAUCUUGAAUUAGAUACAAAGUUGAGAAUAAACUAAGAAAAACUAGAAAUUUAAAUAAGAUAUAGAAGUUAAGGAGUAAACUCAAAAUAUUUAAAUUUACGGAUCCUAGUAAAUACAUAUAUUAUUCUAGGACCACAAAAAAUCUUUACAUGUUGACUUUGUUAAAUAAAUAUAUUCAUAAAUGUUAAGUUUCUGAACCUAUGUAAAUUUGCCUUAUUUAUAUGUGCAAGUAUAAAAAUUACAUAAAAAAAUAUAUUGAAAAGUUGCAAAGUUUAUUUCAGUUGUUACUAUAUGGUGUGGUUAUGGUAGGGAUAAAUAAAAGUAUGGUGUAAUUUA